UAUUGAGGUUAUAAUAAUUUGUGUCAAAGUAGAGUUUAAAUAAUGGAUUUAUAGCAUUGUGAUAAAUGGAAAUUAGUAAAACGCAGAGCGAGGUAAAAAACCUUCAACUGAACAAGAAAAAAUCAACAAUUUAUGAUAAAGUAACUCAUCUAUAUUUACAAGAAAAACAUUUAUUAAAGAUCCCGAAAUUAUCUCAUUCUCAUGAGCUACAGACCCUUUACCUCUAUAGCAACAAUAUUACCAAGAUUGAGAAUUUAGAUGGAUUUACAAGUUUGACCAGCUUAUAUUUACAAGGUAACAAGAUUGAAAAAAUUGAAAACCUUAAUGAUCUACAUAAACUAAAGAAGUUAUAUUUGGGAAAAAACCAGAUUGGGGUCCUGGAGGGACUGGAAUGUAUUGAUGCUCUCGAAGAACUCCAUAUUGAAAAGCAAAACCUCAUUCACAAUACUCCAUUAUGUUUUGAUCCAAGAACUAUUAUCAGCAUAUCUCAGACCCUUCAAGUUCUCAAUGUAUCUCACAAUAACAUUUGCUCCCUUCAGUUUCUAGCUCCAUUAGAAAAUCUUACUGUCAUUGACGCAUCCUGUAAUGACUUGGAUGAUAUUAAAGAUGUUUGCAAGACUUUAAGAAAUUGGUUCUAUCUUAAAGAAGCGAAGUUUUCUGGGAAUCCAAUUAGUAAGAAGCACCGAUACAGGGAAGAUAUCAUUGCCAACACUUACCACCUUAACCUACUAGACAACAAAAGCAUCUCAGACUUAAAUAGAUGUUUUAUACGACGAUUUGAAGAAGGAAAAUUAAUCUGCAAGACAAAACCAAGCAUUAAUAUAGCCGAUGUGGUCCCUGGCUUACCAAAAAAUUACCCUACCACGUUACAGAAAGCCGCCUCUGCUUCCAUUAUGAAAGAAUUUCGAUGUAGACAGCUUGAGGAUCUGACAGCCUUCGAUGAUGCUGAGCCAGUUUACUUAUCAUGGAACUUAUUACCAAAACGUAAACCUCUAGUUGCACCACCUAGUCAGUCUCUUUUACGUGGACACAAAAUGGAGAGUCAGAAAAAUAUACUUGUGAGUAAGAGCACUAUUAAAGUCAGGAAGCAUUUUUAAAAAUCAUAAGAACACAAAGUCAAAAGUAUUUUUGUAAUAUUUAAAUCUUGAAUUUUAUAAAUUAAUAUUGAAACUGA